UCCUUUCCAAUGGACUGUCAGUCAAGCGAGUAGGUCGGCUUGUGCUUCGAUGAUGACAUUAUGGUUUCUGUUGAGAAUACGGAAAGCAGCUGCGUCAGCGCCAUAAUAUGGUCCUUUAUGCUGGCGCUCACGUAUGUCGGCAGUCUGUAUAUCUGGAGGACAAGGGAUCACAGGGAUCACCCGGCCACCAUAAAGAAAAGGUUCAUCAGCGUAUUCGCCAUAAUAUGCAUAUCCCCUCUCUUUGUGGUUUUCGGCGCCGAUCUUGGUCAUUUCAAGAAGAAUGCCAGCGUGCCUGCCGUGAUGGGUCUUCGCUUUGCUGGGCUGCUACAAGCCAUUGUCCUGCCCCUAGCUCUUACAAUGGUGCUUUUUGCGGGCCCCCUUGUACUACACUACUUUGAUGGAGUCUGGAGUCUUUACAUGGAGCCACGCUACUGGUACUUGAAUCUUAGGAACCUCAUCUGGCUUAGGAACCAUAUUGUGGCACCAUUGUCAGAAGAGUUUACAUUUCGUGCCUGCAUGCUUCCCAUUCUGGUGCCUUGCUUGGGCCACCGAGCUGCCGUUAUGAUCUGUCCGCUGUUCUUUGGCAUUGCUCAUUUCCACCAUCUCAUCGAGAGGCUCACAAGGACAAACAAUGUAAAACUGGCUGUCAUGCAGUCUGUGUUCCAGUUUGCUUACACAACCAUCUUUGGUGCCUACUCCGUCUAUCUAUUCCUUAGGACAGGUCACUUUGUGGCGCCGUUCGUGGCGCACGCCUUCUGCAACCACAUGGGUUUCCCUGAUGUGGCCGAGGUGUUUGGCUACAAGCAGCCACGACUCACCCUGCUCUUGCUGGCAUUCUUGUUUGGCCUCCUGUCCUGGGCAUCACUGCUGGAGCCCAUGACCCGGCCGCAGAUCUACUCGAAUGAGUUGUACUACCAGUCCUUAUGACGUGCGCUUGCUAGCAAGCCCAGCGUUGUGCUCAGACGAAGAGGUGUUCAUUUCCUUGUCAUGUGACUCGUGCAAGGUUUCUCUGCUCUGCACUCAUUUGUCAACCGUCAUUUCAGCCAUUCAUCGGUGAAAAAGGAAGAACGGCGGGAAUUCGCUGACCUUAUGAGCUUUGCUAUGACGCACUUGUAUGGUUGUGGUUUUUGAGUUAAGGUUUCAAGGGCAACAGGUGCAAAGGCGGGCAUUAUCUAGCCACAUUGUUUAUUGUGUAGCAUGAGGUUGCAGACCUCUGCAUGAGAAAAAACAGACGCUGCAAACUAAGGACUUGACAGAAGACAGUGACACAUCAACUGCUUCAUGACUUCAGGAACCAGACGCAGUUUACAUGCGCUAUGACUCAGUGUUCUACAUGGAGUCAGGUUACUGUACCAUGCCACAUUUUCUUCUUCCACUUUCUUUGCUACAUAUCUCUUUAAAGUGCGACUACUGUAAGAUGUCGCCUAUGUUUGGUGCAUUGUUUAAAACGUAUAUGUGAUUGUAACAGGCAAACAUGUAAAAAGGUUUACUUCGUGGGCAUUAACCAUAUUUCUACUGUUGACCUCAUAGAUUGCUUUGUUUGUUGCAGUUGCUCAUUCAUGAACAUUUGUCCUCAGUGGCACUGUUGGGUAAUAGAUUUUGACUUUCUUGAGCUAAACCACAGAAGUUCAAUGGCUCUUUGUUUUGUUGUUGAUACGUCGACUGAGUACCCAAAAGGAGCUUGUAAGGUGCACACACAAUUGUUGAAUAUGCGAUUCAUCAAGGGUUAAAAAAAGAUGAUAGAAGAAGAAAAAACUCAUUGUUGUAUCUUAUUUUAUUAAACUGUGAUUGUUUUGGCAGCCCAGUAACAAGGGUUUAGGCUUGUUUCUGUUGCUAACCAAAUGCUGACCAGCGCACAGUGUAUAAGUACACUAAACGUGUCUUAUUGGCACAAAGGAAUAAUGCUAGAAUCUCCUCAGUUGUGUGUUAAGUGUGCAAACAUCGACAUAUUCAAGUAGAUGUUAGCAAUUUCAGUUUUUUUCUUCUGUUGAAUGGGAUCUAACUUUUGACACUUUUUUUUAUAUUUUAGGCACCGUUUGUAUAUAACAGCAGCUCUCUGAGCAUGCUAACAGAUAUUUUGUUAUUUCUCAAAAAUUCUGCAGUCAUAAUUUCCUAAAAUGGCCUGCUACAGAGAACACUUGCGAAAGCCCAAGAUUUCCUUCUUUUCCUUUCUUUCGUUCCUUCUCCAGGACAUUUUAUCAUUAACGCUGUGUGAAUAAUUUGAAAGUUACCUGUAAUAGCAGUGCAAAAUACGUGACAUUUGACCAUCGCAUGAUGCAGUCUGUUCUUCUGGUGUGUAUAGAUGUUGUUUGCGGAGUGUGAAACAUUGUGUGAUAACUUAUACAUCGUGUAAAUUUGAAUAUUUAUUAAGCUGUUGUGUUGCACUCAGGAGGUGCUUGAAGAGUGCAUAUCUCUUGCUGAUCUUUUUAGCAGUAUGACCAUCAAAACUGCACAUGUUGAAGAAGUCAUAUCUUUACUAUGAAAAUGUUAAAUACUAAUGCUGAACUGUAAUCUGCAGUAUAUAUAAUUAACCAUUGCCCUUAACAUAGGUAUAUGUACCUGUACAAGUGUGUGAGAUUAACAAUAAUGUUGGAGCUCAGUGGUUGUUAUUGCUUUCCUGAGGCAAAAUUCACCUGACAGACACAACAGCUCUCUCAGAUAUCACUGCGCACAUAUUUUGACCCCCUAAUGUGCUCCUAAAUUGCACCAUCAGAUUUAAGUAGGAUGUAAACAUAACAGCACUGAAAACAGUGAAAGGAAAAUAAGGCACAGAAGGCAUUGCUCAGAUAAUUUGGUGCACUGUAGCACCUGUAUUAAUUUCACAGCUUGUUGGUGCUUCUACCGGCUGGGCAUUUAAGCUAGUCAUUACAGUUGUGGCGGUUGAAAAAAAUAUUUUUAAGCAAUUUGAAAUUUGUAUGCAUUGAGUGCAUUGGUGCAUUGAUCUUUGUGCAGCCUUUCUCUAAGUGCUAAGCUGGACUGGAUAGAAUGCAGUUCCCUGCUUUUGGGGACUUACAGCAGAGUGGGAAAUGGGUGUACAUGUAAACAAACUCUGCAUCAAACAGAACUUACGAGACUUUUGUUAUGGUAGCAACGCUAGCAUCGAGAUUGAUGUUUUACAGACAGAUGCAUGUAGAUGGUAGCAUGUGCAUAAUUCAGUCAGCACAAAGUUGUGAGCUGUGCUUGGGGCAGCUGCCCACCACACUGCACUGGAAAUGUAGUGGCCAACCCCUUCGUCAUGAGCUUCUAAAGGUACCUGGAUAAGUUAGUGAUAAACUUUGUUUUCCGAAGUUAGUCUUUCAAACGUUUGCAAAGCCUUGUGCAAUGUGCACAAACUCGAUAGGCGAACAUGUUCUUAUGGAAUGCUCCUGUGUACAUGUUCAGCUACAGUCAACUUAUUUUCAGAGUCUUUAUUCGAUCACCACAGCCACUUUUCACCACGCUACACUGCCGGAGUGGCAUUUUAUAUUGAUAAUCCUAAAGUAUAGUGGAAAGAAAACCAAGCAACGAAAUACAAGGAGGAUACAUCUAUCUCGCAAACACCCCAUAUUGCACCACUUCAGGAAGAACAUAUGGCAAAUCAUCAUCAGCAGCAGCAGCCUAUUUUAUGCCCACUGCCAGGACGAAGGCCUCUCCCUGCGAUCUCUAAUUACCCCUGGCCUGCACCAACUGAUUCCAACCAGUGCCUGCGAAUUUCCUAAUUUCAUUGCCCCACCUAGUCUUCUGCCGUCCUUGGCUCCACUUCCCUUCUCUUGGCACCCAUUCUGUAACCCUAAUGGUCGACCGGUACUAACCUAUGCAUUACAUGACCUGCAUAGCUCCAUUUCUUUCUCUUACUGUCAAUUAGAAUAUCGGCUAUACCCGUUUGCUCGCUGAUCCAAACUGCUCUCUGUCUCUUAACAUUAUGCCUAGCAUUCUUCAUUCCAUCGCUCUUUGCGUGGUCCUUAAGUUGUUCUCAAGCUUCUUUGUCAGUCUCCCAGUUUCUGCCCAUAUGUUAGCACCGGUAAAAUGCACUGAUUGUACACCUCCCUUUUCAAUGAUAAUGGUAAGCUUCCAGUCAGGAGCUGACAAUGUCUGCCAUAUGUGCUCCAACCAAUUUUUAUUCUGUAUAUUCCCUUUUCAUGAUCAGGGUUCCCUGUGAGAAAUUGACCUAGGUAAGCAAACUCCUUCACAGACUCUGGAGGCUGACUUGUGAUCCUGAACUCUUGUUCCCUUGCCCGGCUAUUCAUCAUUAUCUUUGUCUUCUGCAUAUUAAUCUUCAAACCCACUCUUACACUCUCUCUGUUAAGGUCCUCAAUCAUUUCUUGUAAAUCGUCUCCAGUGUUGCUGAACAGGAGCAUGUGUCGCCUUGAAGAAGACAAGUCCACUUGUCGAAAUGUUGGCUCCUGCUUUCACCUUGUUCUCAUUUUACUCAUGAACAGGACAAUGUCAUCUGCAAACCGAAGGUUGCUGAGCUAUUUGCCAUUGAUCUUUACUCCUAAACUUUCCCAGUUUAAUAGCUUGAAUACUUCUUUGAAGCAUGCAUUGGAGAGAUUGUGUAUGCUUGUCUGGCCCCUUUCUUUAUAGGUAUCAUCCUACUUUUCUUGUGAAGAAUUAUGGUAGCUGUGGAAUCUCUGUAGAUAUUUUCCAAGACAUAUACGUAAGCGGCCUGUACUCCUUGAUUACGUAAUGCCUCUAUGACUGCUAGUAUCUCUACUGAAUCAAAUGCCUUUUCGUAAUCUAUGAAAGCCAUAUAGAGAAGCUGAUUGUACUCUGCAGAUUUCUCUAUUACUUGAUUAAUGACAUGGAUGUGAUCCGUUGUAGAGUAUCCCUUCCCGAAGCCAGCCUGUUCCCUUGGUUCCCUUAUUCUAUUGGAAAUGAUCUUGGUGAAUAUUUUAUAUAAUAUUAGGAGUAAGCUAAUAGGCCCAUAAUUUUUCAAUUAUUUAACAUCUCCCUUCUUGUGGAUUAGUAUAAUGUUUGCAUACUUCCAGUUCUCUGGGACCCUUGAAGUCGAUAGACACUUCGUAUAGAAAGGCACCAGUUCUUCAAGCAUUAUUUCUCCUCCACCUUUGAUUAAAUUGACUGUUAUUCUAUCUUCUCCUGCCGCUUUUCUUCAUUUCAUGUCUUGCAAGGCCCUUCUAACCUCAUCGCUAGUUAUAGAAGGAGUCGCUGCAACCUGUUCAUUACUGCUUUGAAUGGAGGUAUCAUGGCUCCUCUGGGUACUGUACAGGUCAGUACAGAAUUCUUCCAGUGCUUGUUUUCGCUACUUAGCUUUGUAAUGAGACAUGAUAGAAUGCUUAUAUCUAUAGAUUCAGCCUUGCGUAGUUUAACUCAUGAAAUUGUAGCAGCCUUGCUGCUGCCUCGAAAGCACCUAACACGAGUUAAUUUAGCAGCAGCCAUUUCCUGAGCGGCUGUCCAAGUUGUAAUGGCAGCCACAAAGUUUUCAACGAGGCCCGUUGCAUGAGCCAACACUGUAUGCAGCGAACAGGUGUCGUAGGCAAGCAUCGCUCCCUUAAAAAAAUUUCAACAGGACUCGUCUCAUGAUGAAUGUUGACGUUAAAGUGAUUAGCAUUGAAGCAUUGUAGCGACACGCUGUAUAGCCACUGCCGAAAUGAGUCAUGUAGCAGUGCACACAGCUGGGCUCCUAUCUUGCGCUUCCCUCUGGAUGUACUAUGUCAUAUUCCUCCACAAAGUCAUACUAGAUGCGCCUCCGUAAAUACUUUGCAUAGCGUGUGCAUGAGUAUACAUGUUUAGACAGCAUCGCCUGAAUAUAUAUGAUGCGAAUUUAAUUCUGCCCAGCACCAGAUAGAUCUUACAAUCCUUUUUUUCUUUUUUUUAAUUUAAGAGCAGUGCAUACCCAGUGUCACAUACUAUACCUAGCUACACAAGUUGGCAUCAAAGAGGUUCAUUCGAGAGCAGCACACACUCAUUUGCACAUACCCAGUGACUCGAUUUGGCAUGAAAAAUGCUCCUUGAAAAACAGCACAUACCCAAUCAUCCAAGUUGCUGUGAACAAGGUUUUUUUGAAGAGCAGCACACACCCAGCGACCUGAGUUGGCGUGAAAGAGUGAGUGAGCGAAACAACUUUAUUUGGUCCACAAUAGGUGCCACUAAACUCAAUGUCACCUGGCUAGGCCCACUCUGGCACCAUCAGGUGAAACCUGACGACCCUCUCGCGAGCCCUCUGGACUGCCAGAGGGCCGUCAGGUUUCGUCUGAUGGUCUCCGAGUGAAAGAGGUUUAUUGAAGAGCGGCUCGUACCCCGUGACCCAAGUCGGUGUGAAAGCGUUUCACUGAACAGCAGCAUGUACCCAGUGUCACACAUAUAACCCAAGUUGGCCAAACGGUUGGUUCUGCACCCGUUGCCCUCGGCACAGUAGCUCGAUGCUUUACCCAUUAGACCAUGGACUACCCAGUACCCACAUUACAUACAUAGAGAAGGUAGGCAGACAGACACAGACAGUCAGUCAGACCCCGGAAUUCACAUGAAGUACAGUAGGAAUGCUAAUCACAUUAAAUGUGACACACAUGCUCAAGGACUGUAUAGGUAUUGUUACAGGGUAAAGAGAGAUAUGUUGGACGAAUGUGAGUAAUGAGGCUUAAGAUUCAAUUAUUAUUUACUCUGUUUUUAAAAAAACUAAUUUUGACAUUAUUUGGUAUGUCCUUAGCCAAACUGUGAAACAGAAGUAAGAGCAUCAAUAAAUCGCCGUUUGGUUGUCUUGAGUGCAUUAUAGUGUUUUCUCAAAAACUACCACUCGUUCGAGCCUCGAUAUAAUGAAGGGAAUCUAAAAUGUUUCUCGCUGAUAGCGUGUAACAAAUGCUUGUUAUGAUUAUUGUAUAUAUCUAAGGUAUCUUUCUGCUUGAUGCUACUUCGUUUGAACUAAGUUUGUUGCUGCAUUGCAACGUUUGCCUUCUGAGAUGCUAAGUUCCUAGCACGAAAAAUUGCGCACCUCGCUUAGGUCAAAGGUUCAGUACGUUUCUGUGUAUACUCAUGUUUGUAAAAAUACACAGGAUGUGCUUCUACGUUUAAAAAAGAAAAAGGGAUAGACUUUGUAAAUCACAGUAUGGUUUAUCAAUCAGGUCAAGUAACUGCCAUAAUUCGCAAUGCUGCCCCUUUUUUUCACUUCUUUGCGAGUUUUGAGGCAGAGCUUCCUGCCCAGCUGGUGCUGAAUGGAAAGACUGCUUGAAGAGGCGUGCGAUGCACAAAUACUGCAUUCAAUGCAUAACAUGUUAGCAAAAAUGGAAAGCUGAUAGAGCUUUCUUCACAUCUGGCAGUCAUUCUCAUCUUAUGAUCAGUCACUCACCACCAUAAUUCAGGGUGCUUUCUAAUUACCUAUAGGAAAAUGAACCUAGGAUGGUGGAACACCGCACUUGUCUUUUUGUACUACUUUGAGGCUAGCUGCCAUUAGUGCAAGUGUACAAAUUGUACCAAAUGUCCUAUUCCAAACGGAAUGCGCAUCACAAGGUUAGUGUGGUUGGUUGUAGUACCAUGCUGCUGCCAGUAGAAGGCACCAUCAUUCGUGGUCAUGCACAAUGGAGCUGACUUCACCGGAGUAGUUAAAGUGGCUACACAUUGAUUGCUCAGACACUUUGGUUGUUGAGCUACCAUGCUGGAUACCUGAUACGUCAUAUAAACGUGUUUAAUUAUGUGAGUGCACUGAUCAUGCACUAACAGUUUCACUGCUUUGCUGGCCUGAUUGAAAAGACUACGCAAUUGAUGGCUGGUGCAGACUAGGUAGCGAAAAUUAUUUGUCGGGUCCAGGGUCUGCUUUGAAAACCUGUAAUGAUACGAUUCGUGUCUGUACAUAUAUUUUUAUACAUUAAAAGCGAUGUUAUGUGCC